CAGCCUGGUCUCAUUGCAUGACAGCACCACCGAGGUGCCAGUUGGUCGCACCUUCAAUGUAAAUCACGCUAGACGGAUUCAAUAACGCUACCCUGGAGUACCUCUCUAAACUGGCGAACGCCGUCACAUAUGCCAUGGCUGAGCCGAGCCGGCUCUUGGGGCAGGGGACGAAUGCCAACGACCUCGAGGACAGCGACCUAGACGGCGAGCACGAGGAGGACGAUGUCGACAUGGAUGCGCAAGCUCACGAAACAACACCGGGCGGAGACACUACGGACGCAGAGGGCUCGGACGAGGAUGCCGAGGGCGAAGAUGAUGAGGAAGCUGGGGACCCAGUUGGAGCUGUCAAGAUAUCUGCAAACAAUGAAGCUUCCGAAGAAGAGGACGGAGAGGAUGAGGACAAUGACGCUGAAGUGGACAUGGAAUCUGAAUCCGAUGCCAAGCCUAGCGACAGCGAGGGUUCCGAUUCGAGCUCAGAAUCCGAAGCGGGAAAUGAGUGGGAGGCAGCGAGCGAUGCGGCCGAAGAAGUCGAAACCGAAAUCGCCGAUCCCAACCGCUGCGUGUUUUGUGGAGAGGACGAAGAGCACGAUCCAGGCGAAGAGUUCGAAGAAUAUCUGGCGUGUGCCGUGUGUGGGGAUAACGGUGCGUUAUCAUCAGUGCCCAAACUUGCACGAGAUCUCCUGCCUGCACACCGUGGUGUGGAUAAGCCAGGACAGCACUCCGUGUUCAACGAUCUGAUAUUGCCCGACGACCCCAUGGAUGGGUCGCGAUCUCUACGGAAACGCAAAGCAUCGAACGAGGAAGAGCCAGCACCUGUUCGGCCACUACGGAAGAAGCGCAGGCCGUCAGAAGAAAUAUCUGACGAUGAAGCCGUCGAUGCGUCACUAGCCGCAUCGUCCCCUCGCGCUGUAAGAAUUGCAGUGUCUGAGGCUAUUGAGACUGACGAUGGGCAUCACACAGGGGCCGAAGAGACAUCGCCGAAGCGGUCAUCGCGGGCUCGUAGCUCGAGGUCUAAAGUAGAGAAAAAGCUGUUGGCAUGGACUGUGGACUCUCCCGGCGUCAGCCUAAUUGUUGCGUUUCACCUGGACAAUGAACGCCUCCAGAAGAUCCUGUCAACCAAACCCAAAAAGAAACGCAUCCGCGAUCGAUCACGCAAAACGCAGCAAGUCGUCCCUGAAGAGCCGGAGGUAUCACACUACCCUGCUAUACAGAACCACUAUGCCACGCCGUUCUAUGCACUCGCUGAGAAGGACGUGGAUGAGACGAAGAAUAAACCAUAUGGUGGCAUUCUCUCAGAAGCGGAUGCAGACACAUCUAAGACGUACCCCGGUCCAGCUGAUCGAAAGAGGUUUGAGGAGGCUCGACAAAAGGCGGAAGAAGAUUGGAAGCAGAAACAAGUUGCUCUCUAUGGUAUCCCGGAAGCUUCCAGUCGAGCCCACAAGGUGUCGGGGCCUCCAAGCAAGAUCAAAUGUAUCAGCUUUGGUGGCUGGGAGAUCGACACAUGGCACGCAGCGCCGUAUCCCGAAGAGUAUAGUAAGAACAGGGUGCUCUAUAUUUGCGAGUUCUGUCUUAAGUACAUGAACUCGGAUUACGUGGCAUGGAGACAUAAGUUAAAAUGCCCAUCCAAGCACCCUCCAGGCGAUGAGAUUUAUCGCGAUAAACAGUUCAGCUUCUUCGAAGUCGAUGGUCGCAAAAAUCCUGUCUACUGUCAGAACCUUUGCCUGCUUGCCAAACUCUUCCUGGGCUCAAAGACGCUCUACUACGAUGUGGAACCAUUCCUCUUCUAUGUUAUGACAGAGAACAACGACUUUGGCUGCCACUUCGUGGGCUAUUUCUCCAAAGAAAAGCGGCCGAGCUCGCUCAACAAUGUCUCCUGCAUCCUUGUCCUCCCCAUCCACCAGCGCAAAGGAUACGGCCAAUUCCUGAUUGAGUUCUCGUACUUGCUCACUCGCAAGGAGGAGAAAACGGGCAGCCCGGAGAAGCCCCUCAGUGACAUGGGUCUUGUCACCUACCGUAAUUACUGGCGCCUCGUCCUGUGUAAUGAACUGAAGGACCAACGCGACCCUAUCAGCAUCACGACGAUCUCUAAGCGUACUGGCAUGACGCCCGACGAUAUUAUAUCUGCGCUCGAAGGUCUCCGUGCUCUAGUGCGGGAUCCUAUCACCAAGACAUACGCCUUGAGGCUCGACUAUGCCUUCUUCAAGCAGCAUGUUGAGAAGGCCAACGCACGCAAUCACCCACGAGUCAAAGAAGAUUCUCUUGUGUGGACUCCAUAUGUUAUGAGCCGCAACAACAUCUCUCAAUACGAAGAUGGCCCUGCCAUUCACACGGUCCAGCCGCGCGACGAGGAGCAGGAAGACGGCGACCUGGUACCAGAAGAGGGCGUCCAGAUGGCCCUGGCCAAGCAGGUCAACGGCUCAGCCGGGGGAGCUUCCCGUCCCAUGUCUAACACAGGCUCACAAGACAACGAAGCCGAUGACGGAGACCCCAUGACCCCGUUUCUAGAUUCUAUUGCCGUGUCGACACUCGGCACACCCCUCGCAAACGGCAAUGGCAACGCUGCUACACCCCCUACAGUAAUCGCCGCAUAUCGCAUCCCGCCCACCCGCUUCGAAGUCUACCCUCCUCCUCCGGGUAUGCCAGCUCCUAAGCGUCGUGCUGGUCGUCCCUUCGGAGCUCGCCGUCGCCCCAGCACACCAGCUAAGCGCAACAGUGUCAACGUCACCCCACUCCCUAUGCCGCUUGGAAACUCCACGCAGAUAUCUCCAUCACGCAAUGGCACUGGCAAGGCUAUGGGCAAGGCUUCGCCGCUGCUCAAUGGCGUAAGCAAUGGAGUCUCCACGCCAUCUACGACCGUGAGGAGGACUCGUAGUAAGCUCCAUGAAUCCGUUAAUGGGCUUGGCUUUGAACUUAGCCUAGGUCUAGGGGAGACACCCGAAGACGAAGGAGGCGAAGUCCGAGUCAACGGGACAAGUGCCGCGAGUGCGAGUCCCCGAACGACUAGGGGGAGAGGGAAAGUCAUUGAGAUGGAAGCUGACGAAGACCUCGAUGCAGAGGGCGAGGAAGAGCCGUUGGAUAUGGUCAUGGCGGAUGCGUGAACGCAGUCUUUUGACAUGGGUCUUUGCUUAUACCGCAGCGAUUUAGGCCGGUCGUUCUGCUGGAUACGUGUACGAUUCUUGAAGGUAUGGUGUCUCGGCUCGGCUUUUGGUGCUGGGUGUCUACGGCGUCUCUCAGUCUUAGACAGACUUCUCUGCUUCUCCUCACCCCUUUCAUCUGGAGGACAUUGGGCGGAUGGGAAAAGGAUAGCGGGCUUGCGUUGCCGAAUACCUUCUAAUCUGCAUGGCGUUGCAUAACCUAGUUAAUCCGGCCCAUAAUUGGAUAGGUAGUAGUUCGUAAAUAAAGUAUCGAGGCAGUAACUCACAUGCUUUAACCAUC